UAGACACAGACAGAUUCUGGCUGGCUGAAGAAAUGGAUCUACUACCUGCAAUCAUUUUCCUGGCUGCUCUGCUACACCAGUGUGAUGGACAGGGUUUUCCAGAUAAAACAGCAAAAAUUUUCUCCUUUCCUCAUUCUAAGUCUAAAAACCAAAAAGAGAUCCUUGAUCAACACAAUGAAAUACGCAGAUCUGUACUUCCCACAGCCAGGAACAUGUUGAAGAUGGUGUGGAGCGAUAAAGCUGCCAAAAAUGCUCAGAAGUGGGCAAAUACGUGUCAGAUGAGAAUCAGUCCAAGGGAGCAGAGAACCCUUAAUGGUGUCACCUGUGGUGAGAAUAUACUGCUAUCAUCUUACCCAAGAACAUGGCCUGAAACAAUCCAAACAUGGUACAGUCAGUCCUCCAAUUUCAAAUAUGGAUAUGGAGCAACCUCCAAAAAUGUCAAUAUCGAGAGCUACACUCAGCUUAUCUGGUACAACAGUUACCAGGUUGGAUGUGCGGUUUCCUACUGCCCUACAAGCUCCUACAAGUACUUUUACGUUUGCCAAUACUGCCCUGCAGGAAAUAACGCAAUGCAAAUAGCUACACCUUACAGAAGUGGACCAAAAUGUGCAGACUGUCCUGGCCACUGUGACAAAGGGCUUUGCACCAAUCCUUGCAAGUAUCAAGAUCUCCUUGGAAACUGCAAGAACCUGAAAACUUUGUUUGGCUGUAGCCACUCACUGGUGAAGCAAAAGUGUCCUGCAACCUGCAAAUGCACCACUCAAAUCAUAUAAAGUCCUGGUGGAUGUCGUUACAGCUGCUGUGAGACUCAUAGGAGAAGCGUAGAACUCACUGUGAAGUGUAUUCACCCUCAGUGCAUCUGCUCAGAUUGACCUAUAGAUAACAAUUUUAUCUGGAAUCUGACCAUUACUUUAG